AUGGGGCAUCUCGUAUGUUCUUAUGGACUUUCGGUGUACAUGAAGUAUUCUCCCUCGAUAUUCCUCUACAUGUAUCUGAUGGUUGUAUUGGGAUUUCUUAUAUACGGACUUGUAAUCUACGUGAGGCAGUCGCAACUUCCCAACUUCUCCAUGGUCGGAUCCGCCAUCAAAGGUCUGAAAUUGAACGAUAGUGGUGAUGCAGACAUUCGAAAAAGCAGUCGCAUGAUGAGCAGGAUUUACGUUGAGGGAUACGACACUUCGCUCCCUCCCUAUGAUUUCGUUAUGUCUAUGGGAAAAUUCUUCGCUUCAUGUGGAGAUGUGAUACAUGUUUAUAUUCCCGGAAACGUUGUCAGCGUCACCCCUAUUAUCCUCAACAGAUUUGCCUUGGUUUAUCUUCGGGGAGGAGGUGCAGAAGUGAAGGCGUUGAAACUUAAUGGAAGUUACAUGGGAGAACACAAGUUAGUCGUUGAGGCUUACCCGUUCCAUGCCAACCACCUUGACUCUGAGUUGUCUCCUAUGAGAGACGCAGACAAUCGGCGAAGAUACGUGAUGGGAGUUAGGGGAUAUGACACUUCGCUUGCCUUGGAUUAUGUCAAGGACAUGCUAACGAAACAUGUCUCUAUAUGUGGACGUAUCCCUUGGGUUUCUGUUGGCCAAAGCAUGGCUUACGUUACUCUAGACGGACAAGACACAGUAGACAAGGCGCUGCAACUUGGUGGAUGUGAUGGGGAAGGAAUGGAGAAUUCGGAAGUUUCUCUGGUUGCGCCGCCAGAGAGAUGCCCGAUGUCUACCACAAUGCCAUCCUGGUUUUAUGAAUUUUCUUCUUCCUCGGAAAAGGCACCUCCUGCUUCGAGAGUUGCUUCGAGAGUCUGUCUGCCAUGGAAAUUUCUUGUGGAUUAUUGGAAUCAGAUACGAGCUCCUCCCGAGCCUUCUGCUGAGGAAUGGGUAAGAGCGAUUCAAGAGAGCCCGACCACCCGUUUAAUUGUCGAGCUAUUUUACUGAUCUCCGUUCGGUUAAUUAAUCAUUUUGUGAACGUGUGUGUGGAGCCAAGUCGCUAUUACUUCUUAAUGUUUCUAAUGUCUUUGUUUAUGUAUUAAAACAAGUUAUAAAAAAAAAUAUAGCUACGUGGGAGGACACAAGUUUGUCGUUGAGCCUUAUCCGUUUCACGCCAACCACCUUGACUCUUGUGGGAGAAGACGCAAUAGAGAAGGCGCUGCAACUUUGUGGAUGUGAUGGAGAAGGAAUGGAGAAAUUUGAAGUUUGUGGGGUUGCGCCGCCAGAGAAAGAUCCGUUGUUCUACUCUCUGCCAUCCUCGAUUUUUGAAUCGUCUUCUUCUUCCAGGACUAAGGUAGAGGCUCCUCCUGCUUCAACAUUCCGUUACGAUCCAAGUCUUGUGGAUAGUAGGACUAGUGUUAUCCAGUACGAGUGACCACCUUCAGCUUGGCCACCUCGACCAAUAAAACAACUCCUCUUUAAGUGGAAACCACUAGAUCACCACCAUUUGGUUUGGGAGACCCAAGUUGUCAUUACAUUUCUAAUGUUUUUAAUGUAUGAGGGAAACUAUUUUUUUAUAUGUAUUAAAACAAAAAUACUCGCUAUGGUUCUGAUGGAUGUUCACAGGUUUGUUUGGUUAUUAAUUUUCAUAAUAAUCGAGAUUGACUAGUUUUAA